GGACGCUGAACUCUCCCGGGUGAGAUACCGGCUGAGCAGCGCAGUUGCAGAGAAAGAUCGAAGAAAGCGACUCAUAACCCAGUAACACUUUGCGUUUUUUGCCUGAUCAGAAGCGCACGUUGUUCAUACAUCGUUUCAGCCGCCCGUAAUUGCUCGCGGUAAAUGUGGACUCUUUAGUAAAGUUGAAAGCGCGCGAGGGAAGGCAACUAAUUGUCUAAACGGGGCUUGAAGUAAGUUGCCUCCCCAGCGGCGCUUUAAAGGGAAGGCGCAGCCCGGAUCCUCGUUAUAACGGUGAAAAUGGACUAUGAUUUCAAAGAGAAGCUCACCGGGGAGAGAGAACGAGUCGAGGAUCUCUUUGAGUACGAGGGAUGUAAAGUUGGACGGGGGACAUAUGGCCAUGUGUACAAAGCCAAGAGGAAAGAUGGGAAGGAUGAUAAAGACUAUGCUCUGAAGCAAAUUGAAGGCACAGGAAUCUCUAUGUCUGCCUGCAGAGAGAUAGCACUGCUGCGUGAACUGAAGCACCCCAAUGUGAUCUCACUGCAGAAGGUUUUCCUGUCACAUGCCGACCGCAAAGUGUGGCUUCUCUUUGACUAUGCUGAACAUGACCUCUGGCACAUCAUCAAGUUCCACAGAGCCUCCAAGGCCAAUAAGAAGCCUCUUCAGCUGCCGCGUGGGAUGGUUAAGUCUUUGCUCUACCAGAUCCUGGACGGCAUCCACUAUUUGCACGCCAACUGGGUCCUGCACAGGGACCUGAAACCUGCCAACAUUUUGGUAAUGGGAGAAGGUCCUGAAAGAGGACGUGUAAAGAUAGCGGAUAUGGGUUUUGCACGGCUCUUCAAUUCACCACUGAAACCUUUAGCAGAUCUGGACCCUGUAGUUGUUACGUUCUGGUACAGAGCACCAGAGCUUCUGCUGGGAGCCAGGCAUUACACCAAAGCCAUUGACAUCUGGGCGAUUGGCUGUAUCUUUGCCGAGCUUUUGACCUCAGAGCCUAUCUUCCACUGUAGACAGGAGGAUAUUAAGACCAGUAAUCCCUACCAUCAUGACCAGCUGGACCGCAUCUUUAAUGUCAUGGGCUUUCCUGCAGACAAAGACUGGGAGGACAUUAAGAAGAUGCCAGAACACUCUACAUUGAUGAAAGACUUUAGGAGGAAUACGUACACUAACUGCAGCCUUAUAAAGUAUAUGGAGAAACAUAAAGUCAAACCUGACAGCAAAGCAUUCCACUUGCUGCAAAAGCUGCUCACUAUGGACCCAAUCCGCCGAAUCACGUCUGAGCAGGCCAUGCAAGACCCGUACUUCCUAGAAGAGCCUUUACCCACGUCUGAUGUAUUUGCUGGCUGCCAGAUUCCUUAUCCCAAACGAGAAUUCCUGACAGAAGAGGAGCCAGAAGAUAAGGCUGAUAAAGUGAGAAAUAAAAACCAGCAGCAACAGCAGCAGGGAAACAACCACACCAAUGGGGCGGGGCACACAGGUAACCCAGACAACAGCCACGCACAAGGCCCGCCUCUGAAGAAGGUGAGAGUGGUCCCGCCCACUACUACCUCAAGUGGCCUGAUCAUGACCUCAGAUUACCAGCGCUCCAAUCCACAUGCUGCCUACCAGAACCCAGGACCAAGCACAUCAUUGCCCCAAAGCAGCAUGGGAUACUCCUCUACCUCCCAGCAGCCUCCACAGUACUCACACCAGACCCACCGCUACUGAGUCAGGCCACGCCCCCCUCACAUCGACCACUAGGGAGAAUGUACUUAGAGAGGUGGGCGUGGACCUGGUGCAAACCACCCUCUUACCCCACUUGGCACUUGCUGUUCAGCAUUUCCAUAGAGACACCACAGGAACAAUAACCGUACAUGAAGCUAACUAACCUAACAACGCAUCAGUAUCAUAGAGCUGACAGUAUCCUCAGCUGAGAAAGAAAAAUGAAACCGAAGUGAAAACAAUCCUAAAGACUGAGGAAAACAGAUAUGUGUAUCAUUGGUGAUAGUUCAAGUCUUCGCUGCAAGUCUGUGAUCCUUCACAUAAAAGUAGGACAAAAUACACAAUAAAACAACAAACUUUCUCAAUGUGUGGUACUGAACAGCUGCACACUGUAGUAAGACUGGUUUGGUUUGAAGUGAAUAUCUACCAUACCAACUAGUUUCUGAAGCCCCAGUCCUUCUUGCCCUCACUUUGAAAGACCUUUGGCCUCUCCAAGACUAAAGCUGCUAUGUGACUGCCAGCAAAGAUAGAAUGACUUGCUUUUAGUCUGUCUGUCUUUCCGUCUGCCCUUACACACACAGAUGCAUUCAAGCACUCACUCUCAGCCCAUUGCUGGGGACCGAAUUCUCUGUGCUGGAGCUGCUGACUGAAGCGUUAUGAGAACCUCUAGUGCCCCCUGCUGGAUUAUACUGGUAGUAUGCUAUAUAGCUAUAUAUAUAUAUAUAUAUAUAUAUAUAUAUAUAUAUAUAUAUAUAUAUAUAAAUAAUAAAAAAAAACAGUAAACUUGAUUUUAGUAGUUAAAUAAUUUAAUGUUUUGGUUUUACGUUAGGAGAGGUCAGCAACUUCUAUUUUGCUGUCAGACCGGCUGUUAUGUGUGAAAGAUCACCCUUAAGAAUUUCGUGACAAAACUAGUUGUGUGGACAGCAGAUUGAACAUGCAUUGUACUGUAUUGUAAUGAAAUAUUUUACAUUAAACAAAUAAAAGUGUAAGCGUUUAAAAAGAUAAAGUGUGAGUGAGUGUGUGAGUGAGUCCGAGAUUGAUUGAUUGAUUGAUUGCAGUACCAGGAACAAUAAUAACUAAAAUUUGCAAUGCACCUUUAGUUUAUAACUGAAUUUUUAAAUUUAAUUUUGAGCAAUUGUUUAGGGAUUUUUUCUGUUGCUAUUAUGGCUGGGUUAUCUUUGAUCAUCUAUUUUAAAUGAAUGACAUUUAAAAUGUAUGAAAAUACUGCAUUUGAAGUUCAUUAAUGUACAGUAUUUGAAGCUGUACUGUAAUACAUGUAGAUUUUUGCAAAAGCUUACAAAUAUGACUCAGUCAGAAACAAGGAGACAUUGGGAAAUUAUAAUGUGGUGUUGCACCAUCAAUAACAAUUAUUCCAUAAACGUCCAGACUUCCCUAGAUCAUUGAAAGAAACUGUAACAAUUAAUGUUACCUUUAUUAAGGGUUUAUAAAAUAGUUCAUUAUCGACUUAUGAGUCAUUUAAAAAUGCCUUAUAAAAAAUGUUAUGCAGUUCUAGCAGCAUGCAUAAAACCACAACGUUCAUCCAAAACUUGCCAGAUAGUAAGCAUUUAACUUACAUUUUAUAAAUGCUUAAUUAAUAAUACUCUUAUUCAUACUUAGUCAUAAACAUAAAAUGCCCUAAUUCAUGAUUUAUGUCACAAAGAAGCAAAAUAGACUAUUAAAGUGAGAUUUUGCUACAGUCCACUUUGUGGUAUAUUAAUAAGUGUGUUAAUGACUAUAUUAAUGUCUUGGCUUACUUGUGUUGUCACUGUUAUUGUCACAUUUAUGUCAAAAGAAUGGUUUUACCUAGUCCGUGUUACCUGAAUUCCUCUGCAAAAACACUUUUCAGGUCUUUGUUAAUUUUUUAUCAUAUAAUAAAGGAUGAUGACCAUUAAACUAA